UUGAGGGUCAUUAAAGUGAUGCCCAAUCUUAUUACCUUGUUUUGCUUCAGAGGCACUAAGAGCGCUCUGACCCCCGAUGAAGCCAGCUCAGGAACUCUCUCCCCCCUCGGGACUGCCCCAAAUGCUUCAAGGGGACUCGGGGAGGUGAGUUAGUUAGAAGUGCCUCACAAGCCAAAGAACAGAUCAUAUUAUGGGCUCAGAAAUGCACUAUGACACACGGAAUCCCGGUGAAGAAUAUGACGAGUUCUUUCUCGGACGGAGUGGCCUUCUGUGCCAUUGUACACUUCUACUUCGCAAACGCAUUCUUAUUCGAAGACUGUCUUAAAAUGCCGCGCAAGGAGCGCAUCACUUUUGCUUUUCAAAAAGCGGAGGAGCUGGGUGGAGUGCCUCAGUUGAUUGACCCCGAAGACCUCAUUCUAAUGGGGAAGAAACCAGAAUACAAAGUGAUGUUCACCUACAUGUCAGAAAUGUACCGCAACCUCAAGAAGCUAGAUGAAAUAACCCAAAUUAAAUGAGCAACACUGUUCUGACGCUGUGAAAUGCAAUAUAAGCUCAAAACUGAUGAUAAAUUUCUAAACUUUUGGUAAAACCAUGAAUGAAUUGCCUAAAAAUGCAUUUUAAUAUUUAAUGAGAUUAUGAAAUGAAUUGAUGCUACUAAGAUUUGUA